AGGCCACUACAGAAUCCUCCAAAGAGAGGUGCUGUGGCAUUUUCAAGAGUGCCCAAGCCGACGAAGCUUCGUGUUCAUAGCUUCAGCGAGGUGCAUGAGACUCUGUGCGUUGGUGUUGUUCAGAUGUGCAUGGAUAUUUUCGGCCCAAGAUUUCGACCCGUUUUCUACUGUUGAUGCUGGCUGGAUAUCUCAAGGAGGCUUCGCCUCGCAAACAGCCACCGAGGCACCCACCGUCCAACCUACGGCAGCGCCGGCACCAUCACCAUCACCAUUGGCACCAUCACCAUUGGCACCAGCACCAGUAGCACCGGCACCGUCACCGGCAUUGUGGCUGAGGCCAACAGCCACCGAGGCACCUACCGUCCAACCUACGGCAGCGCCGGCACCAUCACCAUCACCAUUGGCACCAUCACCAUUGGCACCAGCACCAGUAGCACCGGCACCGUCACCGCCAUUUUGGCUGAGGCCAACAGCCACCGAGGCACCCACCGUCCAACCUGCGGCAGCGCUGGCACCAUCACCAUCAGCAUUGGCACCAUCACCAUUGGCACCAUCACCAUUGGCACCAUCACCAUUGGCACCAGCACCAGUGGCACCGGCAUCGUCACCGGCAUUUGGCCUUGGACUGGAUGAGCUCAAAUCGUUCCCGCGCUGCAAAGUCAAGGGAGCAUCGUUGACUAUGCCAAGUUUGCCGAAAUUCUCUGUACCAACGUCUUUGCCAACGUCUUUGCCCAUGCCAACAUCUGUUACGCCUCAGCAAACGCGGCGAUUGUUUGGAGCGGCGGAACUGGAAACCUUGGCGACAUUUUCGCCGGCCAAGACGGUACAAGAGAUACUGAUCUGCGUGCUGAUCCUGGUGCUGUUGGCGUUUCUCUGGACGCACAGGAAAGAGGCCUACAUCCUUUGUUUCGGGGACGACAGACUUCAUGCCGGGCUGCCGGACGUCUGCUGGUAUGGGCUGUGCCAAUGCUGUGGCCUGUGCAAGUAUGAGUGGACGGUUCUGUGCACCAAUUGGCCGUGUUGUCCGAGAAGAUGGAGAGGUGGCAACGCUAUGAGGUUAGCGGCACAGAACUUUGGCUUGACGUCGAGGACGAUAGAGCUCAGCAAUGUCGUUGUCGGAGACCUGCCUGUUACCGGGUAUUCACUGUCAAGUUUUGGUUCCUUCUACCUCCACAUAGAGUGCGGCAAGUAUCCGGAAAUCAUCAGCACAGUGCAGGAGGACAAAGAUCCGCGAAAGAUUCAAUUUCCUGAGGUGCUCACGCUUCGUCUCAGGGAGAGCAUGUGGGAUCAUCUUGUAGACAUCUCGGUGUACCAAAUCCGGUUCGUCGGCGUCGUCCAACUUUGUCAGGUCAGCCUGGAUCCACGACGCGUCUGCGAUUGGGCACAUCAGGAGGGCGAGAGCUGCACCAAGCGCUUUGCGAUGAAAAUUAUCGAGGGUACCAGCCAGGUUGAGACCCCUCCUUGGAUCAGCAUCACCUUCGGGACCCACGAAAGCGAUCUGAGACGUUUGGAUCAGUUCCACCCAAAUCAAACGAUGUCAGUUCGACUGGCCAAGUGGGAUUCAUUUGAUCCGGUGACCCAUCAGCAAUUUGAAGAGCAGCCCUUGGUUGCGAUAAAGGACAAGUUUCCACUUAUAGAUGGCGGUGGCAAUAUCGUGCAGGAGCCACCGGAAGAGGAUCUCGCUUUUUUGGAGUGUGCAAGGAGAUGGCUUGGCUACCUCUACUCAUUGCUUGGUUCUGUGGUCCUCUUGGCCGUUACCUCGUACGGUGUCAUGAGAUACUAUGUCAAGAACUGCUACGACAAGUUUGAGGCUCUGACAAUAGCAAAGUCGUGGGUCCCACAUAGCUUUCCCAUGCCCUCGUGCGCGCUUGCAUCCAUUGAGGACGUUUGCCACGCCAGCCUCGCAGGAACCGGAGUGAGUGAAGGAGAGCACGUGUGCAGGCCCACCGAUUCCAUGGUAGAGGAGACCUGCGGAGCUCCUCCACAGACCCGUCCAAAAGCGCUGUCCUUCGUGUUUGAAGACCUUGGCUUCGGCGUCAAUGAGGGCUUCAAGUGCUUUGACGGCAUUUGCAGAUUUCGCAACCACAUCCGGCACUACGACUCCAUGGCGCUUUGGGGGGGACUUGGGGCGGUCUUCUUUGUCUUUUGCCUGUUCAGGCCCAUGGCCAACAGCUGCCUGCAACAGCUGCAGGAAAGAAAACAGGAUGCGCACAACCGCAGAGUCAGAAGUCGACGGGGCGAAGAUGUGUGAGGAUAUGUAAUUCUGCUUGUGUUUAGAUGUGUAGCACCAGGCUUGGUUGACACUCAAAGGAGUGCGAGUUUGAUUGAUGUACAUUACGUAGGAGGGAGCCGCAAGGCUUGGCACGGCUGCGGCAAUGCUGCUGGGAUCAUGCAGGAUGAAUGCGCA